AUGAGAAACAUUCCGCUGAGGGCAGCCCUUCUGCUGCUCCUCGGCAUGGGCAUGCAGCUACACCCGUCGAUCGCCUCGUCCGCGUUCGCAUGCGGCACGGCCUGGCAGCGAACCCUCUUCGGUCGCGAUUCGACUCGCAAUUUGAUGCGAGCAGGAGCCGCGGGAGGCGCAUCCCCAACAGACUGGUGGCAAGUGUUCUGUUAUGUUGACCGCAAUAAAGGGGAAAGUUCAAAGUUCAGGCCGAUACUCAAAUUAAUCAACGGGUCGCGCGACCGCCCCUGCCUGGUCAGCGAAGAGGGCAUCUGGCGGUGCGAGAUCGAGUCGGAGUCCAGCGCUGCUCCGUCGCUGCUGGAGGAGAUGUUCGGGGUGAGGCGGAAGCAGCCGCUAGGCAGUGAUUGCAAUAGCAGCAGCGAUUGCCAGAUGGUCAACGGGAUGUGCUGCCAGCAGCAGCGACUGAAUCAUCGGGCUAGCAUCAAGCGGAUCUGCGGCUACUUCCGCGACGCCUUCGACUGUGUGGACAUGGUUGGAGCAGAGCACCCACAGCAUCGUCGCUAUUAAAGAUCUCCGGCAGCUGGAAGUGAAGCUGCAGGCGCACAGGCACGGCAUAGAAAUAUUAAUUCAAGUGACGAAGAAGACCCAGCUAAAUGACGGAAAACACGACUACCGAUACGAGUAUAUGAUGGAUAUACAAUACACAAA